AGCAAACAAGUGAACGCCAACCAUCAAGAGAAACGUCAAACUCGUCAAAAUGAAAUGCAAGGAGCUGCCCGAAUGAUUAACGAGUCCAUGUCUAGGCUCGAUAAAUCAGGAAUAAACAUCUCGCAUCAACAAUCAACGAUUAAAACGCAUAUUUCUUAAUCGACGAAUGAUCCUCCGGAUCCAGAUGUCCACUUAUCAGAGUUUCAGACACUUUCAUGGACCAACCUCGAAAGAUAGCGAGAAACUACGUCGAUAAGCGACGUUAUCAGAGGCCACUUUCGCAUACUCUCGUACGUCCCGUACUUCUCUGAUAAGCGAACCCCAUGAUGUUAACAAAUCUUGGAAGAAGUUGCACCAUAAGUCCCAAAGAAGGGUGUUGGACGAUUUAUGUGGUGACUACGCGAGUGUCCCAGAUUCCCGAUGAAUCGUCAUCGGGGAAACACAUCGUCAAUAUUGGACAGGAUGUCACCGGGCCCGAAGAUAACUACCGAUAAGGACUGGAAUAUUGUCUCUCUUCGGGCCUCACGGGUCUUACACUUCCUGUCCCUUUUUAUACCACCUAACACCUCUAGCUGAGUCUGACUUAGCGCAAUUGCGCAAUUCGUCUACACCCAGAUUUACUUUGGACGCAUGCACGACGUAUCGGCUGGAGAACCUGGUCAGAUCCUCGUCAGACCCGAAGGUAUAAAAAGACACCUUAGAAUCCCCCUCUGGACAAAUUUUUCAAGAACCAGAACCCGCGAGAUGGUCCUGCGAUUGUUCCCCUUGGUACCAUUAAUGUGUUCAGUGUCUUGCGCGUUGUUAGUGCAGUCCAACGUUGGUAUAAAAAAUGGUGACCGUGAACGGAGAGCUAUGGAGGACGGAACGCCACCAGGAGGAGUGCAAGGUGCAUCGGACACCGCCAUAAAGAAAACCCAGGAAAUGCGGGAUCAAUCAGGGCCGACUCCUCUAGAUGGUGAGUCCUGCCGAAACAUGAAAUUCCCGUCCCCUCUCGAAUAUGUACAGACCUUCGAGGUCCAAUUUGCCGACCACUGGGAGAAUUCCAACAAUAGGUGCCCACGUUCUAAUAAUACCGAUCCCGCGUAAAAUUAUAGACCAGCUGCCAUCCCUAUGACCCCCUUAUUCGACACGCGAAAAUACGCCAUAACCCAGUGGCACGUCUUCAUUUUGCAACAAACUAUUCCGCGAGAUUGCGGCGAUCUCGAUAGGACAUAUGAAAACAAUAACCCGUCAUAACGCAGUCUUGCGCAUUUAUUUAGCAACAAACUAUUCCGCGAGAUUGCAGCGAACUCGACCCACGACGAGGAUGAGCUCUUCUUCGCGUCCUCCACUAGUGUGGUCCCCGAUGAUGUCACGGAUAAGCAAACCUCGACGUUUGCUCUCAUAAGUGGCACCCGAGUCUGUGGGGUCACGCAGCAGCGCCGAUAAGGAAUCGCGAUUAUUCCGCGGCGGAACGGCCGACCCCGAGAAGAAGUGCACACGCGAGUGCAUCGAUGACCCCGGCGAUUCCGCGCCGAAGGCCGCGAGUGUCAGCCCUGUUUACAUGUUACGUCGACGUCCGGCCGUGACGUCGACGGAAGAGCUCGAAAAUAGACCGGAAUGCAAGAGCUCGAUGCACUCCGAUCGCAAGAACGGCCACCAGAGUGUAGGACCUACCCAAAACCCUCCGGAGAUCCUCCGGAGUCCCCGGGUCCAUUCAAAAGGAAAAAGUCCAAACUCCAGUGACGUAACCUUCCAUUUAACGCGCAGUAAGGUGCGCCUCGCUUCCGCCUCGUUUUGUCAAAAACCGCAAAAAGAAGAUUCAAACGACCUCUCGAAGCGCACGUUGCCGAUCUGUCAAAAUGACGCGAGGGUUACGACACGCGUGGGAGCACGUGGAUCCUCUCCACAUCUCUUUCUGCUGGUGACGCACCGACUCUUUGUCUUCCCGCGAUAUCGAUUCCGCGUUGCGAAGCCCUCUUGCGCACGUCCAGAGGGAGUUCCGCGGGUGAGAAACCCUCCACUUCUCGCUAGGGAUUUCCCCUGCACCCUGGUUCUCUUACCAGGACCCUAAAAGGGCUUAGCGAGGUCGCAGGAACGGAUUGCGAGGAUGCGUCGACCGCCUGCGAUCCGCGCACUUCGGAGACAAAAGCUAGGUUAGGUUAGGUUAGGUUAGGACGCAGCAGUGGCGCAGUUGCAGCGACCCUAGCGCCGCCGAAACCUGCGACUACCCUUAGAAGCUUUUGCGGAGAUUCAACGACUGCCAUUAAUGUGAUUUGUAUAACGGAAGCGUUAGAUACUUCGUUGUUUAAAGGCGACGAUCGGCGAUGAUUCCCGACCUGAGAUAGGAUUAAAGAUUUCCUCGCAGAAGACGUUAUCAGUCAGGGUAAAGUCUUCGUCAAUAGGGCGAUGGGAUCCAGCGGUGUUUCGCUGACCAAGCGGCCCAGUUGAUCUCGGGAUGUGUCGUCGGUUUUGGUUCCGGGGAAUACUCACCCCUCGUGGGUGUUGCAGAGUAAUCGUCCCUCGUGGGUGCACUUUAUAACGGCUUUCUCCGGGUUCUCCGGUUCCUGGUCGUGCCUCUUAGCGCGGCGGCGAACGACCGAGCACUGCUCCGGCGCAAGUGGUCGCACUCUUGGCUCGUGGACCCCUCGGUUGUGCAACCACAAACGACGCGCGUCAUUUCCCGACACCACAUCGAGAUCUGCCUCUUGUAUGCUCUCCCGUUUUUAUUUCCUUUUCGCUCCUAUUUUUCCCCGUGCAUCUAUGCGUAGACUCGAAACCAAAAGGAACUGCGUCAUUCCGGCGGUGAUCCGGAACGAUGUCGUCGGAUAGAUAGAGACAACGGGGAGCCUCGUGGCCGGUUCCAAGACCCCGGCAUCAAUCGCCUCUACGGUUCUUCAUUAUCUUGCUCUCUACUGGCUAGAAAAUUCGAAAGCUACAGUCCCGACCUUUCUUAACGUCCUCAGGCCUGCAGAGGAGGGCAGAAGAUCAAGGCCGUUCGGGUAACGGAGUCACGGUCGCUGGGAUCUCUUCGAGCGAGGACGUAGACCUGGUCGACGUUGCCGAUGGAGACCGAGGACCUUCCCUGGAGUUCUUCAGGAAUCUUCCAAAAUCCUCGUCUCUACGCCGAGCGGUCGGUCCGGUUAACUCCAGCCACUGGGAACCACUUGCCGAUCCUCGGGAUGGCAUCGAUCCUGCCGAUGGCACCUUCCAGAGGAUCGAGAUCCAGGAGACGGAGAGGGUCUCGUCGGAACUGGAAGACCUGAACACCAUGGAUGGCAUCUUCGAUGCCACCAGAAGAAGGUCGCUCCUGGUCGACGUCAACGCAAACACCAACUUGAUCGUCAAGCCGGCGACUCCAGCUAGGCUCGCGUUUGACGUGACCAACAACCACGAGAUAGUCAUCAGACAUUACUUCCAAGCCAGCUCUUCCUUCAACGUGGUCAACGUUAGACCUCCAAUAGCGUGGAUCAAUCCAGGCCAGACCAUCAAUGUCGUCGUGGAGUUGUUUGUCCCCGAUGGACCCAGGGACAGAGGAACCAAUGGCGAUGGGACCUUGACUUUGCGCGUCCAGGGUAUCGGGAUAGCCCAGAAGACGACGUAUCUCUACGUCCAAGGAGAAAGUACGGCCUUGGUUACGGACACCGAAAAACCCGCGAUUAGUUACUCGUUCAACGACAAUUGCGCAGGACGACAGGGGACUGACCGAUGCGCAAAGAGUUUCUGGAGCGUGGAUGUCACGGUCCGAGACGCUGAUUCCGGACUGAAGCGAGUCGUUUCGACGCCAAAUGGGAUUUAUCCGCUGACUAACUUCAUCAGCGGCACCAGAUCCGAUGUGACAUUCUACUAUUUGGCAACGUGCUGCUCGACCAGUGUGGCGAUCACGGCCUCGGAUGUGUUGGGGAACUACCAUUCUCGGACAAUAGACGUAACCGAAUGGGACAACCUCUCGCAAGGAGAAGUCGCUGCUAUCGUUCUGGGGGCCCUUCUAAUCCUGCUUUUAAUCAUUUUAAUAGUCCUAAUCGUCUUAUACUGUGCCCGCAGAAAAGAGAGCUUAGAUUUAACUUUCACUCGCAGAUACGGCUCCAGGUCGUCCCCACGGGCUGAAGGGACUAACUUUUAAACAAGUCAGACGAUCGAUACCCAAUAAAAAUGAAAAAAAAAAGGAAAAUGA